AUGAAAAUUAGUAGCUUCAUGCGUAGCAAUUACAACAGAUUUAAUAAACAUAACAAUGACAUAAAAAAUAGAUUAAUUGACAAAUUCAAUCUGAAUAAAUUUAGACAGUCUCCUAUACCUGAGAUUCUCUUCAAUAACGACCAUAGCGGAUGGUUAGUUAACAUUAGCAAUAAACAGAUCCCUAAGGAGGUUUUAAGCAUGUUGAGUUUAGGUGGCAAAUUUGGUUUGCCGAUAAGCAAUACACAUAAAGACGAUCGUUUGGCUUCUACCUUGGAAAUUGUUAAGAAUUUUGAAGUUAAGUAUCACUUGUUACCAACCGACCUUCUUAAUGAGACGAGAUGUGCUAUCUCUAACGCGUUACAAAAGUUCUUAGAUAGGAGACGACAUAUUAACCACGUAGAUAAACAUAUUAGUAAUAUUUUCAAUUACUGCAAAAAAUUUCUUAGAGAUAAUGAUGACCUAAUGGUGACCAAAGCGGACAAAGGCCAGACAACAGUGAUUUUGAACAAACCUGAUUAUUACAGUAAGAUGUCUUUAUUGCUCGACGAUAAAACUACCUAUAAUAGACUCAAUAAGUAUCCUACUAAAAGGAUUAUGAAUAAAAUAAACGAUAUGGUCAAAGUAUGGCGUGACGAAGGAAUUAUAGACGAAAUCGCAUAUAAAUAUUUACAUAACACCAAUGGAAACCUGCCACGUUGCUACGGAUUACCAAAAAUCCAUAAACCAGGGUACUCAUUGAGAAUCAUUGUUUCCACUAACGACAGUCCAUUGUAUAACAUAGCUAGCUAUUUCAGUAAGAUCCUAAAGAAAGCCGUACCGAAACCAAAUUCAUUUAUUCAAGAUAGUUGGUCCUUCGCUAAUACAAUCAGAAAUAUUGCUAUUAGUCCUAAUGAAUUAUUGGUAUCGUUUGACGUUACUUCUUUAUUCACAAACGUGCCUAAAGAAUUAGUUAUAAAUAGUAUAGAAAAAAGAUGGCCAAUGAUCAGUAGCUUUACUAAACUUAACCUACAACAAUUCUUAUAUGCAAUCGACCUUAUAUUGAGCUCAACUAGUUUUGUCUUCAAUAAACAAAUCUAUGAACAAAUCUUUGGCACUCCCAUGGGUUCGCCAUUAUCGUCCAUUGUAGCGGAUAUGGUUCUAGACGAUUUAGAAUCACAAUGUUUGACCAACCUUGACUUCAAAAUACGCGUAUACUAUCGUUAUGUGGACGAUAUAUUCAUGAUAAUCUCAAAAGACAGGCUUCAUGACGCACUUAAUCUUAGCAUAUAG